AUGUACUUAAACUUCAAUAAACUAUACAAGGGUAAAGAGUGGAAAGAUCUCAUGUGGGGGGCUGCAUCAGUUUACACAGUGCAAGAGUUUGAAGAGAGGAUGAAUGAAAUUAAAGAGAUUGAUGAAACUGCAUAUGAAUGGUUGAUGAGAGAACUACCAACAACGUGGGCUAGGUGCAUGUAUAGUACAAGGUCUAAGUGCAAUAGAAUGGAUAAUAACACAAGUGAAGCUUUUAAUACAGCAAUCAAAGAUGCAAGAGACCAACCAAUUCUGACCAUGGUGGAAAGUAUUAGAAGGUACCUAAUGACAAGGUUGCAAACUAGACUUCAAUUGUGCAUGGGGUGGAAUGGUAAUAUAUGUCCAAGGAUUAGUAGGAGAAUUGAGAGAACCCAACAACUAAUGGGGCAAUAUGAGGUUAUGUAUAGUGGUGGCACCAUAUUUGAAGUCAUUUGUGUACCUAGGAUCUAUGUUGUGGACAUAGGACAGAAAACAUGCACUUGCAGGAAAUGGAAUGUCAGUGGGAUACCAUGUGCACAUGGAAUGGCUGCAAUCAUAGCAGAUAAAAGUGAUCCUGAAGAUUAUGUUGAUCAGUGCUUUCAUCAAAGUACUUUUGCGAGGACAUACAACUUCACAAUUAAACCAAUUCCAGACCAAACAAUGUGGGUUCGUACAGACUUUGAUCCAAUCAGCCCUCCUCCUUUUAGGCCAAAGAGUGGUAGACCCAAAAAAAAUAGGAAGAAGGGCCCUGAUGAGCCAAAAACUACUUCAAGUGGAGUGAGAAAGUAUUACACAACCCUAAAGUGUGGACAAUGCAAGCAGACAGGUCACAAUGCUAGAACCUACCCUCACAAGUCAACGAAUAGCACUGGUGAACAAGUAUGGUCAAUCUGUUUUUUCUUUUGUCAUGACUACAUUAAUAAUUUAUGA